AUGGCAGAAACGUUUUUGGCCCCUAUUGCAUUAGGGGUUCUGGAGAAUCUAUUCCGCCUUAUAGUAAACCAAGCUCACUCGAUCUUCUUUGUCAACUGGGAUUUGAAGAAGCUCAGGGAGACCCUGAGCCACAUUCAAGCUGUGCUUUUCGAUGCCGAGCGGCAGCAGCACCAAAACGAGAACUUGCGUCUCUGUAUGUGGAAGCUCAGAGACAUCUUUUACGAUGCCGAAGAUGUCAUCGAUGCUUUCAAGUGUGAGGCUGUCCGCCAACAGGUAUCCCAACAUUCCGAGCUCAGCUUCCAGGGCCGACUUUCUGCUAAACGCUGCCACGGUACGUUCUCUUUGACAAUGGCUCGUAAAAUCAAAGGGAUCAAUCAGAGGCUAAGCGAACUCGCCCCCAAGUGGGAUAGCUUUGGCCUAGCAAAGUGUAGCGACGACAACCGGCAUGUAUUUCACAGAGAGACUCACUCUUUCGUUAACUCUCGGGAUGUCAUUGGUAGAGAAGAUGAUAAAAAGAAAAUUAUUAAUCUUUUGAAGAGAGCAAGUGACCCUGUGAUUCCUAUUGUUGGAAUGGGCGGUCUCGGUAAAACCACGGUCGCUCAAUUGGUGUACAAUGACCAUAAAGUUACUCGUCGUUUCCAACAGAAGCUGUGGGUCUGUGUUUCGAAGGAAUUUGAUCUUCCAAGGAUGCUCAAGCUGAUGAUUCACUCUAUUAACAAAGAAGAAAGAUGUGAUCAUUCGGCACUUGAUGCCUUGCAAAACUGUUUACGAAGUCUUCUGAAGGAUAAGAAGUUUCUGCUCGUUCUUGACGAUGUCUGGAAUGAUAAUCAAGAAAGAUGGGUUGAGUUCAGAAAUAUAUUGAUAUCAAUGGAUGGCUGGUCUAAAAGUAAAAUCAUUGUGACCACUCGAAGUUUGACGGUUGCCAGGAUAAUGAGUUCAUACCCCCCUAUAAAAUUGGAAGGCCUCCCUCAUGAAGUUUGCUUGAACUUGUUUAGAAAAUGGGCUUUCAAUGAUGGUGAUGAGAGGCAACAUCCGAAUCUCAUGAGAAUUGGGGAGGACAUUGUGCGAAGAUGCAAAGGAGUUCCUCUGGCGGUUAGAACAUUGGGAAACCUACUACAUCGGAAAACAAAUGAAUCUAAUUGGAUCUCUGUAAGAGAUAGUGAAAUGUGGAGACUUCGGCAAAGUGAACAUGGUAUUUUACCCGUGUUGAAGUUGAGUUACGAUCAUUUGCCGUCUCGUUUGCAACGAUGUCUUGCUUUUCUGGCAUUGUACAAGAAGGAUGAGAUUUAUCGUAGUCAGGAAGUCAUCCAACUUUGGAUGGCAAAUGGACUGCUUGAGCAUCCCAUGGAAAACCAAGAGUGGGAGGCUGUUGGUGAUCGGUAUUUGGAUGAAUUACUGUCAAGGUGCAUCAUCCAGAAGGAGAAGGAUUAUGACACUUAUUUUGCCUUUAGAAUGCACGAUCUGUUCCAUGAUCUUGCAUUGGAAGUGUCCCAAAAGGAGUGUAAAACGAACAGUGAUCAUCCAGGAGGUGUCAAAGAAUCAAAUACUAUUGAGGAAUCUCUUAUAGAUCUUUGUGUCUCCAAAUUCGAGCACCUGCGAGUACUUCGUCUACGUUCUCAGGCAUCAUUGACAGGUUUACAUAAGGACAUUGGUAAAUUGAAGCACUUAAGAGACCUCGACUUGGCCGGCUGUCAUAGUAUAACGGAACUGCCGAGAUCCUUCUAUGAGCUCCGGUUGUUGCAAAAGCUAAGAAUGUCGGGAAUUCCUUUGAAGAAAUUACCUAACCGCAUGAAAUGCUUGAUUGAGCUGAGAUAUCUAGAGAUAACUAUUAAAGCUAAGCAUUUGACAGAGAUUCAAAAAGGAUGUUGGCCUUGUCUUCAAUACUUGGGCUUGAUCGACUGUGACAAUUUAGAAUGUUUACCAGAAGGACUGAAGCAUCUUACAUCACUUCGAACACUUGAUCUCUUGGGUUGUUCUAAUCUUGUCUCGUUGCCCAGAAGCAUGAAUUUCUAA